CUGUGAUCGUUCUCCUUCGUGUGAUGUGAGAAUGAAUUUAUGUUUCCAGGCACGGGUUUUAGAUUCGGAAGUGAGGUGAGGAAGCUUGGCUCGGGGGCCGGCGGCAGCAUAUGCUCUUGUUGCUGAGUCUGGAAGAGAUUCGUCGGCGUCUUCAUCACCAGGCCGGAGAAGUACGAGGGCAAGGGAGCGAUUGCGGUGGAAUUUAUCAACCCCGCCUUCUGCAGCAAGGUUGACCCGGAUGAGGAUCCGGAGAGCACUGGAGCUUGGAAUUGCUGGCUUGUGUUGGUGUUCAUGAAAGAUAAGCUUCCGAGCAUUGGGAUGGCGGUGCUGGGGUUACUCUUCUGCCCAGUCUCAGUUAGGGAGGCCGAUGUGUUAUCCAAGAAAUCAUUUUUAGCUGUGGAAUUUGCUUGGACAGAUGCCUUUUCCCCUGUUCCAUAGAGACACAUGUUUGUCAAAGAACGAUUUGUCGACCCAAAUCCAGCCGAUUUCUCUGUCGAAUUCAUCAAGGAAAAGGAAGAACCCAGACAGAAAUUGAUGGCCGGGCCAUUCUCUACCCCCAAUCCGUCGAGCGACGAAGCUGGCGUCGGCAGCACUGAAUGGCUGGCCCCAGACAGAGGCGACGGUGCUGUACCACCAACCACGCCGCCAAAGAUCUCGUCAUACGGACCGUUCAGCAGAUCGGUAAGGCGCAUAGCGAGCAAGUCAGGGUCAUCGGGCAGCAAGGACAGGAAGUUGUUCAUCUGCUCGCGGGUGUCUGGGACGUCCGGAUUGUAGUUAGCCAUGGUCAGUAGACUCACACUCGGAUGCUGCUCCGCCAUUGUUGCCUCACCCAGUGGAGCCACCUCAUCAUUAGCGACAUCGACAGGGUACUCCACCUGCUCAUUCAUAUCCGGCAGACCAGAGUUCUCGUUAAAGGCAUAGCGUGCGUUGCUCGAUUCUCCGGCAUCCAUCAGGUUCGGCACAUUGUCACCCUCCUCCGAAGGCUCGCAGCACAACGCGAUAUGCGCCUCGUAGCUGUUCUUCCUGGAGAAUGUGUCGCUGCACUUGCACCGAUACUGGUGGAGAGAGUGGUUCUUGAUGUGGGCCUUGAGGUCCGCCUCGACGGCGUAGGUCUUGGUGCAAUGUGGGCAUUUCAGGUUCUUGGGUCCGUGCUUACGGUUGAAGUGUUUCUUGAUGCCGGUGAUGUCACUGAGUGCGCGGGAGCUGUGGCUGUAGACGCAGGAUGGGAUGGGGCAGACGUAGGCCUUGCGGCGCACUGGGGUGCGGCCGGACUUCUUGAGUUCAUAGUUGAUGUUAUGAGUGCGCAUGUGGAGCUGCAGAUUCUGGUCGCGCUGGAAGCCCUUGCUGCACACUGUGCAAAUGUACCGACCGGUGGCCAGCAGAUCCUCCGGCCGCAGCGCCACCACCUCUGCACUAGGAUCUGGGAUGCUUGUCAAGCAGUUUCUAUAUAAUUCUGGUACAGGCCAAAUGAACCUUCAACUUCUGGCUUCUAGAUGUCAAAAGAGUUCAGAUUGAAUUUUCAUCAUACCCGAAGACUACUUCGAUUUUGUUGAAGUACAGAGGAGCACCACCGUUAUAUUGCAUUAUCUCGCUAAAGAUUGCAGCUACUAUCAUCCAAUCUGAAGCGGAUAGGCAACUUUCCUGGGCUGCAGAAGCGAUCUCAGCUCAAAUUCUAUCUGUUCCAUGGUUUCAACAGCAAGCGAGCUAGGGUCACCCUGCUGGGUACAAAUUCAAAGGUUUGAGAGGGGUAGAACAGUUUGAUUAUUCUUGACUGGACAUUGUGGCGCGUUCUCCUCAUCUGCUUGUACUAUAUUUACCUUUAUAGAUUACAUCACAUUAGCAAAUCUCAAAUAGUUGAGACAGACAACUUUGCGAUGAUGUAGCUUGAUAGCUUAUGGUUUUUGUCUAAGCUUGCG